AUGAGUGGGAGAAUACUCUCCCAUAGGCUGGGUCCGCUAUUGCGGAACGGCCACCUAGCUCGCCAUGUCCAUAAUGCUGGGUCGAGGACCGGUGGCCUGCUGCGCGCAAACAGUGGUGCUGCCCUCCGAGGACGUGCCUGGCCGAUAGGCUCCAAUUCAAUUCACAAUGUCCCGGCAGUUCGAUCGAUAUCUUUCGCCCGAAUGCUUCCCAAGUUGGCCAUGAAACUGGUCCGGAUCCCGGCCAUGUUCGGCGGUGCAACUGUCGCGGGUUUGGCAUACUUCCAAUACCAAGCAACUCAGGCCGGUAAUUAUGCGAUGGACAUCUUCAAACAAGCUUCGGAUACCGCGGGGAAUACAGCGUCGACCUUGUUCCAGGGAUUACAAGAUGCCGCCGAGCAGACACAACGUGGGUGGAAUAAGACAACUGAAGAUAUCGAGGUUCCGGAAUGGCUGCAAAAGAUCCUCCGCAUCGACGAGGAGUCCGAGUCUCGAAAGGGCAGUUCAUCUGGCGGGGGCAAAGAGCCAAAACAAAGUCGGGCUGGGACUGGGGCUGCUGCCGCCGCCACUACGACGGCAUUCGGCUACGAUCAGAGCGACGAAGAAGACAAACGCCUGGAAAGGGACGCUGCGGAGGAUGACCAGAUGAUGCUUCUCACUCGCAAAAUGAUUGAGAUUCGCAACAUUCUCCAGUCAGUCGGCCAAUCCAACACCAUCACGCUUCCCUCAAUCGUUGUGAUUGGCUCCCAGUCUUCCGGCAAAAGCUCAGUGCUUGAGGCUAUCGUCGGUCAUGAAUUCCUACCCAAAGGGUCGAACAUGGUGACACGGCGACCUAUCGAACUCACCUUAGUCAAUACCCCAAACGCCCAGGCAGAAUACGGCGAGUUCCCAGCAUUGGGUCUAGGAAAGAUCACAGAUUUCUCCCAGGUUCAACGCACGCUCACCGAUCUAAACCUCGCCGUGCCUGAAAAGGAUUGCGUCUCAGAUGAUCCCAUUCAGCUCACCAUAUAUUCGCCUAAAGUUCCAGAUCUGUCAAUGAUCGAUCUCCCAGGCUAUAUUCAAGUCGCAGGCCAUGAUCAACCACCGGAGCUCAAGCAAAAGAUUGCAGACCUUUGCGACAAAUACAUUCAACCACCAAAUGUCAUCUUGGCGAUCUCUGCUGCCGAUGUCGACUUGGCAAACUCUACAGCACUCCGAUCCAGUCGUCGUGUCGACCCUCGCGGUGAACGUACUAUUGGCGUGAUCACAAAAAUGGAUCUCGUCAGUCCCGAACGAGGACGCGACAUACUUUCAGACAAGAAAUACCCCCUUCGCCUUGGUUACGUGGGUGUCAUCAGCCGUAUCCCCCAGACAAACGCUCUCUUCUCCAGAGGUUCUGGAAAUAUCACCAGCGCCAUUCUCAAGAAUGAGCAUGCGUACUUCUCUGCGCAUCCAGCUGAAUUCGGGCCACACUCAGAAGUUUCGACUGGUGUCUCGACAUUACGAAAGACGUUGAUGCACGUGCUCGAGCAGACCAUGGCAUCUAGCCUGGCUGGAACGAGAGACGCCAUCAGCCAAGAACUUGAAGAGGCAACCUAUGAAUUCAAGGUCCAAUACAACGACCGGCCUUUGAGUGCAGAGUCCCAUCUGGCUGAAAGUCUCGAUGGCUUCAAGCAUUCUUUCAAGGCCUUUGCCGAAGGUUUUGGUCGUCCGCAGGUCCGGGAGAUGCUCAAGUCAGAACUGGAUCAGCGGGUCAUGGACAUUCUGGCACAGCGGUACUGGAACAAGCCAGUUGAGGACCUGGAUCCCCCGAUGCUUGAGCUGGAUCCCCUCAAAGAUCUUCCCAAGGCAGAUCCCGAGUCGCUCUACUGGCACCGCAAGCUAGAUGCUUCCACCUCCUCUUUGACAAAGCUUGGAAUUGGUCGGCUCGCCACAACUGUUGUCGCCAGUGCUCUGAACAACCAUGUGGACUCGCUUUUGGCAGCCUCCACUUUUGCAUCUCACCCUGGGGCCCAUAAGCAGAUCACCGAUGCUUGCACUAGCAUUCUCAACGACAGAUUCUUCAGCACUAGUGACCAAGUUGAGAACUGCAUCAAGCCUUAUAAGUAUGAGAUCGAGGUCGAAGAUCCCGAGUGGGCCAAGGGCCGAGACAACGUAGGCCGAGUUCUCAAGGAAGAGCUUAAAGCCUGCGAGUCAGCAAUGAAGCACGUCGAAGAUUCCAUUGGCAAGCGCAAGCUCAAAGAUGUCAUUGCAUUCAUCGACAAAGUGCGCAAGGGCGAUGUUGUGUUGGAGGGCAAUGGCGAAGGCGGUGCAGGUGGCUUCAGCGCCGCCCUGUUGGAGAGAGGACGAGAGGGUCUGUUCCUCCGCGAUCGAGCUGAUCUUAUCAAGAUGAGACUCCUGGCCGUUCGAUCCAAGCAAUGUGCCUCCCAAAAGAACAAAUAUUACUGCCCAGAGGUGUUCCUGGACGUGGUAGCCGACAAACUCACAUCCACAGCCGUUCUGUUCCUGAACGUCGAGCUCCUCUCCGAGUUCUACUACAACUUCCCUCGCGAACUUGAUUCAAGACUUGGCCGACACCUUUCCGACGCUGAAGUCGAGCGCUUUGCCCGCGAGGAUCCCCGUAUCCGCCGUCAUUUGGAUAUCAUCCGCAAGAAGGAGCUGUUGGAGCUGGCUCUGCAGAAGAUCGAGAGCAUUCGACAACUCGACGGCCGCAGCCGGAAAUCUGAACGCUUGCCUCCUGGAAAGGAAACACGCAGCCGAUGGAACCUGUUCUAA